AUGCCACACUAGGAUAUUCAUGGAACUCAAAGUGUCAAGUAUAAUAUCUGUUAUAAAUUCUUUAGUUAGAUUUAACCCAAGAAGACAGACUUGCUUUUCCUGACUUAAACUAUCUUUUGUAAGAGUGAAUAUGGGUCAGAGCAUUGCUCUGUUCAUUCAGAUUUUAUUAAAAUCUGGCCCUCAUAAAUCUUAUAAGUUAAUUUAUUUGCAUAUAUAUCAAAUUUUUUGUCAUUUUAAUUUCAUCUUGAGAAAUUAUCCAUGAGCAUAAACAAAAUACUAAAUAAAAAUAUCAUUUAUGUUCCUAAUUAUCCAAUCUGA